AUGGCGCCAAAGAAGCCGAAGCCGAAGGUAAUCUCAAACUCGGCUGCGAAGAAUUUGAAGCCGGAGGUAAAGCGACUCGAUAGGUCGGCUUACUUCGCUAGAAGAGAAGCCGCUAAGGUCUUGCGCAGCGUUCUCCAUGGUGACGCUAGACGGCGAGCCGUCGGAUCUAUCAAGUCCCUUGUUUACAGUCCAACAAUCAGAAACAAAAAAGCCACCUACGCAUUAGUUUGCCAAACGCUCAAGUAUCUCCCAAUUAUUAAGGAUAUUUUGGUGGCUGCGAAUGUACUUAGUGGCAAGUGGAAGAGGCAAGGAGAGUUAAUAUAUAUAAUCACAUAUGACAUUCUUUUUGGCCAGGAGGGCUCAGUAGUUGGUGAUGCAGAAAAGUUUCUACUGCUAAAAAAAGAUGCAUUGCAGUCAGCUUUGGCACUGAUUUUAAAGCGUAAGGGAGUGAAAGACAUAAAAGACUUGAUGACAUCUGCCAUUUCUUCCAGCUCCUCUCCUGCUUCUGAUGUACCGAAACCUCGUUAUGUUCGCGUAAAUACUCUGAAGAUGGAUGCGGAAUCGGCCUUGCUUGAGUUGAGGAAACAGUAUGAGGUUCGGGAGGAUGACACCGUGCAUGGCUUGUUGAUACUCCCACCAGGUGCUGAUUUGCACAAUCAUCCACUGGUGAAAAAUGGAAGUGUUUUCAUGCAGGGCAAGGCAAGUUCCAUGGUUGCAUUAGCUCUUGGGCCCAAACCAGAAUGGGAGGUCAUUGAUGCCUGCGCGGCUCCAGGAAACAAAACAGUUCACCUAGCCGCUCUUAUGAAGGGAAAGGGGAAGAUUAUAGCUUGUGAACUCAAUAAAGAAAGGGUUCAACGCCUGGAAGAUAAUGUUAAACUGGCUGGGGCCACUAAUGUGAAAGUUAAGCAUGAUGACUUCUUGAACCUUAAUCCUGAAGAUCCUUCAUAUUCAAAGGUUUGUGGUAUACUUUUAGAUCCAUCAUGUUCUGGAUCUGGGACUGUUGUCGAUAGAUUAGAUCAUUUGCUCCCAUCAUAUAGUGCAGGCGAUCCUGAUCCCAUUGACAUGAAUCGGCUUAGAAAGCUUGCUGCUUUUCAGAAGAAGGCUCUGGAGCAUGCGUUAUGUUUCCCUGCUGUCGAGAGAAUUGUUUACAGUACAUGCUCCAUUCAUCAAAUUGAGAAUGAAGAUGUUGUCAACUCAGUUCUGCCUUUUGCUUCAACUCAUGGUUUUCAACUUGCGACAACCUUUCCUCAGUGGCCUCAACGCGGCCUUCCAACUUUUGAUGGAUCCCAACAUUUGCUGCGGACGAAUCUGGUUGAAGACAAAGAAGGCUUCUUUAUUGCUCUGUUUGUUAGGAAGACUAAGCAUCAAUUAGAACAGCCUACGAAGACUGCUGAAAAAAGUACUGAUACAAAAGUUAGGAGGAAAAAGAAACGUGUAAACUAUCCUAUUGCUAGAAUGCUUGGAAAAUGGUGGUAA